AUGGUGCGCAUAUGGCUAUUAGGGUUGGCCUUGUUGACGUGUGCAGGGGCCGUUGAACAGGGUCCCGGCCCAGAGGCGCUGGUAGAACUCCUCGACAAGCCAACCGCCAACAAAGACCUCAUAUUAACAAUAGUUGAAUGCCUGGAAGGUCCUCCGGGGAAGAUCACUAUGGUCGCUUUCGUCAGAUGCAUCAACAACAGGUUACACAUACAUCACAGAACGAAGCUCGACUCAAUCGGCUUCAUCCUGGGAAACUUCAUAACAAAGGCGAUGUUCAAGUUCACACUCGUGGAAGAAGAAGACUUAUUCGAACGAACAGCUGUGUUCGGCGAUUGUUUGCCCAUGUUGCUGCGCAACCUGGUUAGUAUGCACGAAUUCAGCUUCUCUUGCAAAAAGCGCGUGUUCAUCGAAGGGUACGACGAUCCCGACGACUCUGAAUUCGAUGACGACGAAGAUGAAUGA